AUGACCGUUGAUCAAGAAUAUAGAUUGGAAACUGAGGUGGUUCGGAUUGAUCAUAACGAUCAAUACCACUCAUCUGCACCCCCUCUUUACCAAAGUGCCACAUUUAGAGCUUCAGAUGCUUCGCACGAAGGAAAAUUCGCAUAUACUAGAGAAGGAAACCCAACCAGAACAACACUUCAGAACCAUGUUGCAAAACUAAUCGGCUGCAAAUAUGUUCUUGCUGUCAACUCGGGUAUGGCCUGCUUGGAUAUUAUCAUUCAUCUAUUGGAGCCAGGAGACGAAUUGAUAUGCGGCCAGGUGCUUUACAGUGGUAGUGACCGAUUGAUGAAAUACGCCCAAAAAAGUAGUGGAAUUUCUUUGCACCAUGAGAAUUUGGCUGAUUUUGAGGCCGUUAAAGCCAAAAUAACGAAGAAGACAAAGAUGAUCGUCAUUGAAACUCCAACAAACCCUUUGAUGCAAGUAGUUGAUGUUAAAAAGAUAGCCCUUUAUGCACAUGAAGCAAAUCCUGAGUGUAUCGUGGUUUGUGACAACACAAUGAAUAGUGCCUUACUCAUGAAACCUUUGGAGUUAGGUGCCGAUAUUCACUAUGAAUCUGGAACCAAAUAUUUAAAUGGUCAUCAUGAUCUCAUGGCUGGUGUUAUUGCAACAAAUAGGAAAGAGUUUGCCGAUGAGAUGCAUUAUGUCAUUGAAUCCAUCGGCUCUGGACUUGCUCCAUUUGAUUCAUGGCUUCUAAUGAGGGGGAUGAAAACAAUGGUCCUUAGAAUGGAACGUGUCUGUCAAAAUGCUUUGCAACUUGCUCAGUGGCUGGAGUCUCAAGGCCUCAAAGUUAGGUUUCCAGCAUUAAAAUCACAUCCACAGUAUCAACUCCAAAAAAUGCAAACAAAGGGUACGGGAGCCUUGUUUUCAUUUGAAACCGGGAAUGUUGCAUUCAGUGAAGCUAUUGUUGCAAAUGUCAAAAUCUACUCUGUGACAAUAUCGUUUGGUUGUAUCAAUAGUUUGAUCUCAAUGCCUUUUAAGGACGAAACAAAUCCUGAGCAUCCUGCUGACCUCAUUAGAGUUUGCGUGGGUAUCGAAAACAUCCAAGACUUAAUUGAUGAUAUGGGCCAGGCAAUCAAGAAAGCUAAAAAAAAUAUUUAA